AUGGCUGUUGAGGAAAGAGUUAAUCAUAAACACUGCUUCUUUUCAAUUACAGAUUUCAUAGUAGUAGUAGCAUCGUGUGUAGUGCUUUCUAUUGGUUCAGAGGGACAGGUAUUUGCAACAUCUGCUAUCAGGGGUGUUCGAUUUCUACAGAUUUUACGUAUGUUACAUGUAGACAGACAGGGUGGAACAUGGAGGUUAUUAGGUUCUGUGAUAUAUCUUCAUAGACAGGAGUUAAUAACAACAUUGUAUAUAGGUUUCCUUGGCCUUAUAUUCUCCUCAUAUUUUGUAUAUUUGGCUGAGAGAGAGGAUGGAAAGGCAGAUUUUGCCAGCUAUGCAGAUGCUUUGUGGUGGGGAGUGAUAACUGUAAUGACUAUAGGCUAUGGUGAUAAAGUACCACAAACAUGGAUGGGGAAAAUAGUUGCUUCAUGUUUUGCUGUUUUUGCAAUUUCCUUUUUUGCUCUUCCAGCAGGUAUUCUCGGUUCUGGGUUUGCCUUAAAAGUACAACAAAAACAGAGACAGAAACAUUUUAAUCGACAAAUUCCAGCUGCAGCAACAUUAAUACAGUGUUUAUGGAGAUGUUAUGCUGCAGAUUCAUCAUCCAAAUCUGAAGCAACAUGGAAAAUACACAUUCAUGAUCCAACUUCAGAGGAGACAGUAUUAGCCAGGGUUGCUCGAAGAGCUAGUUUAACUUUACGAAAGAGAAGAAUGUCACGAUUAGAUUCAGCAGUUACUAAUCAUUUUCAUAGAGAAAGUGUAUCCUCCAUAUCUUACAAUGAUAAUGAUAAAUCAGGAUCAGUUACACCUAAAGGUAGUAGAAAAGAUAGUCAUCGUGCUAGUAUAUGCGGUGGUACUAAUGAACAAUUUGUAGAUGAUACAGAUUAUGAUGGAGAUGAAACAGAAAGGGUUGCAUUAUUAACAGAAGCACAUAAAACUGCUAUCAGAGUUAUUAGAAAAAUCAAAUAUUUUGUAGCCAGGAGAAAAUUUCAGCAAGCAAGAAAACCAUAUGAUGUUCGAGAUGUGAUCGAACAAUACUCUCAGGGUCAUUUAAAUAUGAUGGUUAGAAUCAAAGAAUUACAAAGAAGAUUAGACCAAACACUAGGUAAACCUAGUACCUUAUAUGGUAAUCAUUCCAGAGAUAGAGAGAAAUCUACCAUUAGUGCUCGAAUAGUUAGAGUAGAGAAUCAGAUAUCCAAAUUAGAUCAGAAAAUGGAUCAAGUAUUAAUUUUACUUAAAACUGUUGUUAAAGAUCGACUAACAACAACAACAACAACAACAAUAAUAGCAGAAGAAAAGAAUGCAGGUGAUGUUUGAUGUUGCUUCGUGUUUAUUAUAGUUUUUAUACUAUAAUUUAACUGUGUAUGUAGAAGUUGAAUAAUUCAGAUGGUUGUGACUUGUGGCAUUAGAAAAAUACUCAUAAUUACAGUAUACAUUGUACAUGAUAAAUAAAACUGCAAUAUAAUAUAUAUAUAUCGUAGAUGGUUGGUACAUUAUGUUUGAAGGGUAAGAGGUGUUGGGGGUUGUUUCAUUAAUAACGGAAAAUUAUAGUUUUAAUUAUUACUUAUUAGAUUUUAUCAGGCAAUAAUAUAAUGUAACACAGUUUCAUAUUUGGAAGACAUUUGUGAAGAAGAGGAACAUUGUAUUUUUAAGAGCGUUAUCAUUGAUUGAUGAGUUGAAAGAGAUUUAUGUCCGCGAAAAAACUUAUUAUACUCAUAUCAUUGGCACCAGUAGUGAAAUAGACUACUAAUAUUUGUCUAUCCAUGUAUGUCUAUUUUUGUGUUUUUAUAACUUUUGGUUCUCUUAAACAUACAUUAUGCAAGAGCUAAAUCUACCUAUUGCAGGUCUUUCUUUGGGCCUGAAAUGUUAUAUAAACUAUUAAAUUAGACAUUUAUUAACCUUAAUCAACUCUCGAUGUCAUCUUAUGUGUCGUAUUUUCUCUGGAUUUGAAUCUGAUUUGUUGCUCAACGCUCAUUGAUGAUUUAAUCCAAAAGUGGAAAAUUGAGACUAUGUUUUUUUAUGUACCAACUUUAGUAAUGAUGAUCGAGGCUAAGCCUAAUAUUCAGGCACCAAUAUCUCUGUUCAGAGUGGAGCAAUUUAAGUGAAAUUCUCAGCAUAUUACCUUUACAUUAUCUACCAGCUCUUUAUCUAAUCUCCCAUAAUGCGCCUUUAAUUGAAAGAGAUCAAAACUGAGCUUUAAUUUUCACUAUCAAUUAUAAUAUGCACAAUUUCACAUGCAUAUAUAGCGCAAUCUUCUUUUUUUAAAAUCGUUUCUCAUUCUUGCACAUUGUUAAAAUAAAAACAGUAUAAUGUAAUGGUGAUAUAUGCAAUACCAAAGAAUAUAUUUUAAUCAAAGGGUAUUGUAUUUAGUUUUCAGGAAAGGUUAGGUCACAACUAGAAGUAUAAUGUAUAUACACAUGUUAAAGUAUUUUCUUGUUUAUAUUUGAUAUUUAUAUUAAUAAUAUUGAAUAAUGAUAUUAUGAAAAUAUAUUGAUAUAAGAAGAUAUAAGACGUUAAGAGAACAUUAUUAUGAUUUUAUUAUACAUUAUUUCAGAACUUUAUACAAAAAGUUACCAACAUGUUUAAUAAAAACUAUUCGCUGUAUAUCAGCAUGGUUCAAAUAAACUAUCCAAUUACAGACAUCUUGAACAUAUUUAAUGUUCAUUAACCACUGGACCUACAUGUUUAACAUAAACUAUCAACUGUACUGACAUGUUUAACAUAAACUAUCAACUGUACUGACAUGGUUAACAUAAACUAUCAUCUAUACUGACAGGUUUAGCAGACACUAUCCACAUGAUCGACAUGAUUAACAAACAUUAUGAACAUAUUAUUAUAAUAUUAAUUAUCCACUGUACCACAAACAUGUUUAAAGUGAACAAAGAUGGCCGACAAUACUGUUCGGUAUGUAUAGCCAAUUGUUACUAUAUCCACUUUUGGACAAGUUCACACCAAUCUGAUUAAAAUUAAUUCAGCUAUUAACAUUUUAGUCACAGGCACUUGAAGGGAUUAAAAGAAAACUUCUUACUACUGCUUGACUAUAUAUUAUAGUAUAAUACUAAUCCCUUCAAGUGCCUGUGGUUUAAGUAUCCGACAGAGCAAAACGUGUUUCAAUUUUUCAGUUACAACCUUAAUCCGGUUGAUUGGCUGGUGACGUCACAGAGACUACACAUAGUAUACAUUAUCUAUACAAUAUGUCCCUGUCUAUACACACAUACACAAAGAGCUUUGUAAGUGAAUUCACUUGUCUCUCAUUCCUUUGAUGAUUUAUGAUCAAUAAAAUAAGUUUAAAUUAAAAUUAAGGAAUAAACAUUCCGAAUAUGCAUAUUAAAUACCGUAAAGAAAUAACUAAAAUAAAACUCUCAAGCCAUAAUCUUAACAUCGAAAAGGGAAGAUAUAAUAAAAUUAAAAGAUGCGAUAGAAUUUGUACUAACUGUAAUUUAGAAGAUAUUGAAGAUGAAUAUCAUUUUAUUUUAAUCUGCCCAUUAUAUACGGAUUUAGGACUAAAUAAAUAAAUACUUUUUUUUUUACCAACCCCAGUAUUCAUAAGUUAAUUCAAUUAUUAAAUAUAGAUAAAACUAUUGAAUUCAUUAAUCUAGGGAAAUUUCUAUAUUUGGCAAACAAGCAACGUGCAUAGAAAAACGUUUGCUCUCCUAUAUUUCUAACAUAUGUUUAAAUAUCUAACCCAGAUUGAUAUGUGUGUAUAUAUAUGUUUGAUAUUGUUUUUGUACAUAUUGUAUUUAUUUAUUUUGUUUGUACUGUAUGGGGGGGGGGGGAUGGCUGAAUGGUUAGCGUGCGCGCGCUGUAUCAUAAAGUCUGUCAUUGAGUCGACUGGCGUGGUUUCGAAUCCCUGGUUGUACGUGACAAGGAGUAGGGUCGCCUGUCCAACCUCGUGGGUUUUCUCCGGGUCCUCCGGUUUCCUCUCACCGCUAAAGACCCCUACACGCUAAGCGAAUUAUUGAAAUAAAAUUAAACCAUAUGUUAGUCCCGAAAUGACCUAGUUUAUGUCGAGUGGACGUUAAACCACAUUUCACUCUCUCUUUCUUGUACUGUAUGUUAUACCUGAUGAGCCUUUGAUUUAAAGGAAUAAAGCACUUGAACUUAAAACACUGGCGUCUGAGGGCAUUUAGAGUGUUUUCGAUAAUUGGCAAAGUCGUUUUUAUGGGGGGGUCUCUGUUUGCGAUUUGAGUGAAGAUAGCUGAAUUAAUUUUAAUCAGAUUGGUGUGAACUUGCCGUAAAGUGGAUAUAGUAACCAUUGCUUAUACAUACCGAACAGUAUUGUCGUCCAAUGCACUUUAACAUAAACUAUCAACUAUGCUGACAGGUUUAACAGAAACUUUCGCCUGUAUUUACAUGGUUAACAUAAACUAACCAUUGUACCAACUGUUCAACUUAAACUAAUGCAUUGUACCGACAUAAUUAACCUAAACUAUCCAUAGUAUAUGAUUAUUUAUAACUAAAAUGACUUCUUUGAUUUAAUUUAAGAGUUAAAGUUUUGGUUUAUUUUGUGGAAUUGAUAUAUUUCUAUGUCAAAGUUACUUUAAAGUUCAAUUCAAAUAUGAAACUUAAAUUUGCUAAAGUGAAAAUUUAUGGUAUUUAACUUUAUAAUAAAUAAUACAUUGUAAUAUAUAACAUCUCAUAUUGUACUUAUUAUUCCUCGCCUUUCAGAGAAAACACAAUUAAAAUGUGUCCAUCUGAGGUUAGUCCGUCACACCUUUUGGAACACAAUAACACUAUGGAAGACCAAACAGCUCUUUAUUCAGUAUUCUUAAUUUGAAAAAAUUGUUGUUCAAGAUUUGUUUUUCGAUCUAUGUUUCUGAUGAAAUGUAAAUGUACUAUUUUGAUUUUCAACAGAAAUUUUAUCAUUAUAUUAAAAUACAAAUAAAUUAAACAAAAAUACAAUUUAUAAAUGUUAAUAUUUUAGUAUACAAAUGUCGAAAUCGACAACAUAAGAAAUAAGAAUUGAGGACUAUGAAUUAAAAACUAAGAAUUAAGAACUAUGAAUAAAGAGCUGUUUGGUCUUCCAUAUAACAUUGCUUUUAAAUGAGAUAGAAUGUUCAAACUUGGUGUACAUGUUCAUAAGGUGAUUGUCUUGAGUCUCUUGACUGAAUUUGAUGAGGGGUAUAAGAGAUAAACUAUUCGAUCUGUCUAGACUGCCCGUGCGUUUACCCUCACUCCCAGCCUCACCUUUCGACCUGCGAAAAACACAUCUCAAUACACAACGAACAUACAUAAAUGUUAAAUAAACAGCGGUGAUUGUACUUAACCCUCGGCCAAUGAACAGUUCGUUAUUUUUUUAAAUAUUUUAGUUUGGGGUUUUAUGAAAAGGGUCCAGGAGUUUUUGAGAUUGAGUUAUUACUCUUGUGGUGUCAAUCAUAACAUUAUGUAAGGCCCUCUUCUUGCCUCCGUUUAUGGAUGACAAAGCUCCUGGUGGAUGAAUAUUUUGUUGUCUGUCAACGUUAUGUUAUUUAUGUGUAUUACCAGAUUUCAUGUAUUGUACACAUUAUGUUUUUCUUAAUGGAGUCAUUCCAAUGCUAUGUAUAUGUAAAUAAGCAUACUUUUUACCCAAAAUAACCAUUCAUUUAAAUACUUACAUAUGCCCCUGAAAGGCUGACACAAUUUAAAUAUUUUCAAUAUUUAUGAUAUAUAAUGCAUCAUGCAUGCUAAGCCAGUUGUAUAUAGUAAAGCAUUAUUUCUUCAUUCAAAAUCAAUUUUUAUCCUUUAAUCAAUCUGUUGUAUGACAAAUUCUACUAUAUUUAAACGAUUUGUAAAGGAAUGUCUAUAAUAAAAUGUUAUUCCUAUUUAUUUUCACAAUUUGUACAAGUUGUUGAAUGUACACAAUAAAAGCAAUUUU